GACUAGAAAUACGAAACACAGUGAAAUGAGGUAAUAUGGGCUGGGCCGGGCCAGAUCUGUGUAUAAAUGCGAAAAUGCCGCUAGCUGUGAUUUGCCAUAGACAUUCACAUAUGGCCGUUUGCCAUGUUUAAAAUGAAAUGAGUUGAUGUGGCUGUUUCAAAUGAUCGAUAGUCGAAUAGCCGAGACAGAGUUUAAUCGGUGAAAAAUCUUUGUAUUUACUCAGAUAUACAAAGCUUUUGGACAAGUGUCAAUAGCUGUAUGGCGAGGGAUAUGGUUGUCUAUACUGCGCAUGUGCGAGAAGUUGCAGACGAGGUCACAAUGAGGCCUUUCAUUUUUAUACAGAAUAACUGGAGCUACAUGUUUGUCAUGACCAGAAUGAUGGCUGGUUUUAGUGAAUUAGGAAGUGGCCAGAGGAAAAGAUGGAUCCCAAGGCUUCAGAUAUUGACGGUCAAACGAUUGAUGUUCGUUUUCCUACUGGUAGAUGUGAUCUUUUUGAGAUUUUACAUCUCACAGGUUUCCUCAAGGCCACAUUUGUCCGUUACGACUCGCCGCUCGCUUGUAUUCCUGGAGCGCCCUCUACCGGUCAGUCAGGAAACAAAUGCCAAGAAGCCCUAUCUUGAUGUGGUGUGUGUAUUUCCCCUCAUGGACACGGUUGAGUGGUCCAAGGCCAGGUACUCCCACGUGAACGGCACCGAGCUGAUAAAUCGGGAGAAGGAGUAUAUUGUCAGUCUAAAAAGAAACCUAAACCACUCAUCCGUAUUGUCCGUCCAUUUGUUCAGCCACAAACCAGAACAGUUGUACGAGAAACUCACAGUACAGUAUGGCGUCGACAUGAAAAAGGUGGUCUUCUACAACUCCACGGAGAAUCCAACCUACCAAGAAAUGUUUGGUUACGUGUCUCGCUUUUUACAAGGACGUUUCAUUAUGAUUCUCAACGCGGACAACUAUAUGGGAGACGGUUUUGUGGACUUGGAUUUGGACUAUCUGAGAAAGAAUAAGGUGAUGUACUCCUUGACACGGAGAUUUCCUGUCCCGAUGCCAACCGGAUGUCGGGUAACUAACAAGGCGCACUGUGAACAGAACAGUGCCUAUCUUGGUUCUCAUGACUCGUUCCUGUUCUUUGUCGCCUCACAACUCCCGGGGAACUUCCUAGCUGAACUCAAUUAUCCAAGUCAUGUUUACGGAUCAGAAAACAUAGCCAUUUGGGCUUUCAAGCAUAUCCUUAAAUUUUCUGUGUUGAAUCCUUGCAAGAAGGUGCACAUUCAUCACCUCCACUGCACUGCCAUCAGCGCCAAAGGACGGAUAAGGCUAAAUGUUAGAGGGAGAUAUGGCACUGCAAAGAUUACCGACAAUAUUUAUGUCCCCUGAGCCAGUGUCACCAAAAGUAACAGUAAGCAGACUUUACUUGAAGGUGAUUGUUAUGAAGAUUAAUUAUUCCACAACCGUUUUACUGUGUCCACGGUAGUAUAUAGGCACUGUGACAUUAUGCACGUUUUGGAAUGAACACUUGGGCUAUAAGUGUUAUUA